ACAUCAAUCAUCAUGUGUGGCCCUGACAACUCCAACCGACCUCGAGGAGGUGCCCUGGCGGCUCUCAACCCUCCCAUCAACACAACCACCUCCAACCUCUGCGCCGACCUCGCCUUUCAUACUCCUGGAUUCCCUGGAAACUCAAGUGCAACACACGCAAGACUGACGCUGAGCGAUGAGUGCGACAUCCAGAACCUCUCAGAUCUCCGUGUCGUCAUCCAUUCCAGCGGUGACAUGACAAGAAAAGCAAGCGACUGUGGGCUAUUUCGCCAAUUCGCUCUCCCAGCUACCCAACCAACACCUCGAGAUACCUUCGUUGAGCUUCCUCUGGAAAGACCACUGUCCCUAGAAGUCGGCAACGAUGGCAUCAUCGGCCGUCGCGUGUCCCUCUACUCACGCCUUGAAUCUGGCCAAGAUAAGAUCGUGGCCGAAGGCAUCGUCGGGUUCAACUUUUUGAGCGAAGCAUCAUCACCAGCCCCAUCUUCACCAUCGCCGUCAAUCUGA